UUGACGUGACAGUGGAGAAUGGGGAGGACUCUGCACGCCCGGCGAGUUUUGUCCGCAGAAAGGGAUCUCAAACUCGAUCUCUACCCAUCUGAGAGCGUGUGCUGAAACUGGAGAAACACCGGUGGAAAGGAAGGAAUGGCUGAUCCUCUGCGGAGGAAUUUAUUAGCAAAACUUCGGGGGAAGAAAUCUAAGAAAGGGACGCCGGCUGGUGGAUACGGCGCUGCGACUAAUGGGGGCAGAGCAGGUAAAGGAAAAGUUUCUCAAAACCCAGACAGCCAAACUCGUCCAGUAGUAAUGUUCGCAGAGGUGCAUUGUCUGACAGACAACAUCAUGAGAGGUAACGAUAGUUACGUUAACGGCAUUGUAGUAAACAAGGUUGGAUUAGAUCAAGAGCAGAGCACGGUAGGAGUUGUUGAGACGAGUGAGUUUCCCCAGCAGUACGAGGCUUCAGCUAACAUGCACAUAAACACUAGCCGGGGGCCAGGGGACAAUCAGGGUAGCGGGUGCUCCGGGAUUAGGGGUCGAGUAAAUGAGGAACUCUUGGGGGUCUCACUUCAAAGAGCAACUCAGUACGAGGGGAACGAUAGAGACGAGAUGAUCAGAAUCCAUAAACAAGGGCCCGGCUACUUCUCUGGACAAUUACAACAAGGACACAUAGGGAGACCGCACGAACAGAGAAAACAUUUUGUCCCCAUUCCGCGACAGUAUAGCGCAGGGGAUUCAAUAGGGUUUGGGAGCAAUAGUCCUAAUAAUCACAUUAUAUACCACAGAAGGCCAGAUGGGGUAGUUAAAAUGACAAAUGGCCACUAUCCUGCUUCAAAGAAUAAUGGAACAAAUGUCUGCUUUGACAAAGAUCUAAAGACUCGAGUAAGCCACGGGCAGCCAGACGACUCCUGCCAUCAAACUGUGUACAACUACAAGGCAGACAACGGGCAGAGGUCUAUAAAUGAUUUAAAGGUUACGGCAAACGUGCAUCCUGGCCACAACCAAAUAUUGAAAACAAAUGUUACAACUAACGGGACGCAAAUGUGUCCGCCGGGUAUCCCGUGUGCGCAUCACCCGGACAGUAAUUACACCGAGGAAAACAUUGUGAUUAGAAACAUAGAGAGUUACGGGAGCUCGCCUGAAUUUACAGGGGACAACAUUAGGGUGACCCAUUUGCAGAGCCCGACAUUCUUCCCCACUGAAUUGGAGAUAUGCGACGUUAACGUGGCCUCCCAUUUCAUAUGCGCAAGAGAAGGAACACUCCGACACUACUCUCUAGAUAGCGAGGAUGAUGAUUAUUAUGAUAAUGUAAUUCUUCCCUUUUAUGUAUCUGAGUCAUUAGGUCCAAAUGAUAGAAAAAGCUCUGAUAAAAUAGAAGCCAUAGAGUCGGGAAAAGAUGUUCCAAAAGGGCAAGUCAUCAGCGACAGUGCGCAGGAGACAGACAGACUACGGAGCCAGUUGAAAGAGGCGUAUUACCUUCUUAUAAACACCAUGCAUGAUAUUAGUUUUGAUGGUCAGGUCAGUGUCAACGGUUUUAUAGAUCAGGCAAGUUCCUCCAGUCACUCUCGGGACAGCAUGUGCUCACGGUUGUCCAUCAAGCACGUGGACAGUGAUGCUUGGUCGUCGGGAGAGCACAGUGUCCAACAGGUGUCUGACACAGACUCCAUCCUGUUGUGCCUGCUGAGUGAAAACCGUGGGGAUCCAAGUCUCAAAAAUAAUUUCAUUUGCAAGAGCCUCGUGAAUCUAUCUGCUAGCAGGAUUGGUCCUCCCUUAAUGCGUUCCACUAGUGACAGAGCUAUCAAAUACCGCAGUGGUGCGCACAAUGCGCCCUGCGUCCAGGCCCUCGGUUCCCAAAGCCCUGCUGUUGUUGGGGCCUGUGAGAAUGGGGAUAUAGCAAGUAGGCCACAGGCUGUUGGAGCCUCUGACCCGUUUGAGAAACAGGCCAGCUACGAUGGUGGCACGAGCAGCGACGACCUGCUUCAAGACACCGGUGAAGACUUCAAGUUGAACGAGAGUAGUGGCUCGGUCAACAGCCUCACUGGGUCGUCCGACAACGCAGACACCCAGCAGGGUGGUAACAGCAGGCGAGAUGGAGAGAUGAGCGCAUGGGACCGGGGAGGCUCUGCCAAGCCCCAUGGAGUCACCGUCAACAAGAUGCAGGAGUGGAUGCACAAAGGCCGUCUGUUGUCUUCGGAGAUGAAGCAGCGCAUCGCGGGUUCCAUGCCCCAACCCCAUGGCACCCACGGUGGCCUGGAUAGUGCAGCACGGUCCAGCCAGGGCCAGGCCAGCUCAGUUCCAGGUGGAUCUAAACCAGCAGCCCUGACGACCAGAGUUCACGUGGCCAUACCCGCCGCGGUGGUCCCAUGCCAGAGCCAGGCAUUGCAUCAGUCAGCUCUGAUAGAGAAUGUCCACUCCUCCUCCUCCGACAGGCGCGAGGUUGGCGAGGGCAAGGCCAGCGAGCUGUCACUAUGGAGACCCCCACUCAACACCAUCACCGUUUCCAAGAAACGCAACUGGCUCCAGCAGAGCUCUGGGAGGCCACAUCACACCACCCAGGACGACUCCCAGUGCAUUCUGGGAGCAGAGGAGGACAAUGGACAUGGACACACACCCCUACCCCCUCCUAGCCCCUCCCCGGAGUACCUAAAAGCCCCCGGACCACCGCCCUCUCGGCCCCUCCGCCUGCACCUACCCCAGGUAAGCAUGUGCCACGCCCGCGUUGGGCCCCAGCCCAGGUGUGUGGACCCGGCCGAGGAGAAUGAUGCGGAUGACGAGGGGGAGAUCUGGUACAACCCCAUCCCUGAGGAUGAAGAACCAGAGCUGCCUCACAUUUACAGACCCACCGCCAUCCCCCAGGUCAGACUGAUGGUCCCUACACGGCCCCAGGAGCUCCAAGCCCCCCAGAUCCAGAGCAGGCCCAGCCGGGAAGGGGGGGGCGGGUGGACCCUGGAAGGCUGCAGCCCUGACCUGGAGGUUGUGGGGGAGAGCCUGGGUGGCGGAGAUGGAGGUGGAGAGGGGAGUCAGCAGGGGAAUGCUGUACAUUCCAUGGAGCCGUCGGUACAGCUGCACAGACAGAUGCUGCUCACAUGCAAACCUCAGGAGGAGGGGCCAUCCAGUUCCAGCAGAGCCACAGCUGCAGCAGAAGGCCCUGACCUGGCCACACCCGGCUUCUCGCCUCCCUCCAGCCCCAACCCUGCUAAGAAGGGAAGCUCCCUCAACUGGUCAUUCCCGGACAAGAUCAAGUCCCCGCGCACCGUCAGGAAACUCUCCAUGAAGAUGAAGAAGCUUCCGGAACUCAGCCGCAAGCUCAGCGUCAAAGGGAUCCCUAGCAACAACAACAACACCAGCGGUAACGGAGCCAGCGUGAGCAGCCAAUCAGAGACAAGGACCCAGUGUCCCAAAACCAAUAGUGGGUCAGAACCAGGCUCAGCUCCUCCCAGGUUGUCCCCAGGGGGCGGGCAGGGGGCGGCCGCCAGCCGUAAUGUGAUCUCGAGAUAUCACUUGGACAGCAGUGUGUCGACGCAGCAAAGUUACAGCAAGAAGAAGAGCAGCGGGACCUCCAUGUCGGCUAGCAAGGGGGGCUACCUCAGUGACGGGGACUCCCCAGAACUGGUGGCCAAGUCUGGGAAGCACAGGUCCUCAGAGGGCAAGGGAGGCAAGGGGAAGGAGAAAGAGAAAGACCCAGCCACUGGAGGAGGAGAGAGAACAGGAGCAGGAGGAGUAACAGGAGGAGGUGGCAGCUCCAAGCUGCACGGCACAGAACUAGACAUUGACGCGUUCCGCCACUACGCCUUCACAGAACAGCCCAAGUGCACCCAAUACAUCUCAGGCCUGAUGAGCCUGCACUUCUACGGCGCUGAGGACCUCAAGCCGCCACGUGUCGACUCCCGGGACGUCUACUGCGCCAUCCAGGUGGACUCGGUCAACAAGGCACGCACUGCCCUGCUCACCUGCCGGACCACCUUCCUAGACAUGGACCACACCUUCAACAUCGAGCUGGAGAACGCCCAGCACCUGAAGCUAGUGGUGUUCAGCUGGGACCCCACACCCAAGAAGAACCGUGUGUGCUGUCAUGGCACUGUGGUGCUACCGGCUCUCUUCAGGGUGACCAGGAGUCAUCAGCUGGCCGUGAAGCUGGAGCCACGAGGCCUGAUCUACGUGAAGCUGAACCUGAUGGAGCAUUGGCAGAACUCCCUGGACGGAGGCUACGAUGGGGACCGGGAGCGACAGAUGUUUGGGGUGGAGGCCUGGAGGGUAGUGGAGAGGGAGAACUCAGGACUCAUGGUGCCCCUGCUCAUCGAGAAGUGCAUCACAGAGAUUGAGAAGAGAGGCUGCCAGGUUGUGGGCCUCUACCGUCUGUGUGGUUCAGCUGCAGUAAAGAAGGAGCUUCGGGAGGCCUUUGAAAGGGACAGCCUGCGUGUGGAGCUCUGUGAAAACACCUACCCUGACAUCAACGUCAUCACAGGUGUGCUGAAGGACUACCUGCGUGAGUUGCCGUACCCCCUCAUCACUAAGCACCUGUAUGAGGCUGUGUUAGACUCCAUGGCUAAGAGACCUCUGCGUAUUGGAGCAGGAGGAUGUGAGAACGACCUGGUGGACACAGAACACACUGUCAGCCUGCUGGAGAACCUGCCAGAGGUGGAGAGGUUGACCCUGCGGAGGCUGCUGGACCACCUGAAGCUGGUGGCGUCGCACCACGACGUCAACAAGAUGACGUGUCAGAACCUGGCAGUGUGCUUCGGCCCCGUGCUGCUCAGCCAACGCCAGGAGGCCAGCUGCCAUAGCAACCGCGUCUUCAUUGACUCAGAAGAGCUGGCCAGUGCCCUGCACUUUAAGAAGCACAUCGAGGUGCUGCACUACCUUCUGCAGCUAUGGCCAGUGGUGGACCCACAUGGCAAGACCUCAUCCCCCGUCCUGGAGCACCCCGGCCCAGCCGACCAGCCUGCCGCUCCGCCCCUGCGUCGGAGGAAGGAGCGUCCCCAGGUGCUGAACUUGAGUGAUGCAGAGAUGGCCGGGGUGCUGCGACCUAGGCCGGGCCGACUGGACAGCCCUAGCAACCGUUACGCUGGUGACUGGAGUCGCUGUGGAGAGCGCUACCUCCCCCCUCCUCUGCCCCAGGAAGAAAAUGACUAUGAUGAUGUUCCUUCUGAGGAUAUGGAGGUCACUGAGGAGGGACAGGAAGGACAGGACACGGAGAAGGAGGGGGGAGAGGAGCUGAGACAGGAAGGAUUACUGGACAGUGGACAGGAGGAAGGACAGGCAGAGCCACCUACAGCAAAACAGGAACCCCCACUACUCCAGGAGGUGAUGGAGGGACCUGUAGAGAAGGAGGAAGAGGAGAGAGAAGCAGAGGAGGAGAGAGUGGAGGAGAGCGAUGUUUCCAGUGGCGGUCAGCCGUCAGACGAUAGGGUGUGUGAUGAUGAUGAUGAUGAUGAGCGCAUCCUGCCCCUCCACAACCCCAAAGAGCAUACAUACCAGGCUUACAUGAAGAUCCAGGACAUCAGCCCCGUUCUCAGCAACAGGGUCAACCUGCGAGACCUGCAGGAGAGCAUCGACACGCUCAUAGGCAACCUGGAGAGAGAGCUCAACAAGAACAAUCUCAAAGUUAGCUACUGACGCAACACACAUUCAGCCCCACAGGCUACUGACUCAAACACACAGCCCAACAGGCUACUGACUCAAACACACAGCCCAACAGGCUACUGACUCAAACACACAGCCCAACAUGCUACUGACUCAAACACACAGCCCAACAGGCUACUGACUCAACACACAGCCCAACAGGCUACUGACUCAAACACACAGCCCAACAGGCUACUGACUCAAACACACAGCCCAACAGGCUACUGACUCAAACACACAGCCCAACAGGCUACUGACUCAAACACACAGCCCAUUAGGCUACUGACUCAACACACAGCCCAACAGGCUACUGACUCAAACACUCAGCCCAACAGGCUACUGACUCAAACACUCAGCCCAACAGGCUACUGACUCAAACACUCAGCCGUUACAGGCUACUGACUCAACACACACAGCCCAACAGACUACUGACUCAAACACACACAGCCCAACAGGCUACUGACUCAACACACACAGCCCAACAGGCUACUGACUCAAACACACAGUCCCCAAUGGUGGAAAAGGCUUAGCUAAUUCUAAGGGCUUCGAGACUGGAGAGUUGUUGGGGUUCAGGAAUUGGGCUCCAGGGUUGCCGUGGUGACUCUUAAUAAAGACGACUCAGUGGCACGUGCACCCGUGUCGUGUUGUGUGCCCCUGCAGAACUCUGGUGUUUAGAACUCUGGUGCGUGAUUGGCUGGACACUUCAUUUAGCACCUACCCACAAGACAUUAUUUGAUGUUUCAUUAAUGUUUUGCUUUUGAUGACUUGUUUUUACAUGUCGCUCAUGUUCUGUUGUUCUUAUCCGGUUGUUGUUGUUGUUGUUGCUUCUCUUCUUAUUAGAAGAACCCAUUGACCCCCAGGGGUGUAAACGGUGCCUUAAUUGUGUGAAGGUGGGACUUUAAGGCAGGGGAGAGCUUUUCUAUUGAGGUACGAAACAUUAUGACGUACAGCAAUGCACUUAUGAGGCAGGCUUUAGUGUACAGUACAAGUCAUUUAGGUAUAUGGUACAUGCAGUAUAGCUGGCUAUGGACUGGGAGGAGAACCAGGGAGGGGGCUAGCCCUCUGAACCCUCCUCCUCCUCAGGUACGAGUACAAACGUAUCAUACAGUCACAUACAUACCUGCUCCAAUACCAUGAAGAAACACAUAAACAAGAAGAUAAUGGGUGAUACGUGUUUCUCUCUACCUGCUAGAACAGAGCAGCUAAUCUGUAGCAACAAACAGAGAUAGAAAAAAAUAACUAAUGUGAUGUCAUGUAUUUGAAAAAUGAAUAAGUGAAUAUGACAUGGGUGAAAACCAUUCAUAUCUGGUUUUCUUUUAGCCUUCCCCAACCUCCCACAUGAUCUAGACCAGGGUUUGGUCUUAAUGUGCACCCAGGGGUUCCCCAGAAGCCCUGAUCAAGACCACGCGUAUCAAACUCAUUCCACGGAGGGCCCAGUGUCUGCGGGUUUUCGCUCCUCCCUUGUGCUUAAUUGAUUAAUUAAGGUAAUUCAUUAGUAAGGAACUCCCUACACCUGGUUGUCUAGGGCUUAAUUAAAAUGGAAAAACCAAAAACCUGCAGACACUAGGCCCUCCAUGGAAUGAGUUUCAGACCCAUGAUCUAGACAGACAGUGAUCACCUGCGGGUUUAAAGAGGAAAAAGUCAAAUAUGGGAAACUUACGUAUGGUACAUACUGACUGCAGAACAGCAGUUCACGUGUUUCAUAGAAACAGUUACUGUGUGGAGAGGGCUCUGGCUAGUAUGACAUGUGAGUCCACUACCUAAAUAGAUAAAAGAAAGUUUUCAGAAAUCCAGCGAUUCAUAAUGAUCAGUAUUUAACAUAUUUAUGUAUAUAUAAAUGUAUUUGGAGUAUAUAUAUUAUUUUUUACAGCUUAUAUAUAUAUUUCCAUACAGGCAUAUUUAAAUGCUCUCCAUAACCUUGUAGUGUUGACCCAUGAUAGACUAUAUAGACGGGUUGGUUGUUUAGCAACAAAACCAACACAUGUGCAACUAUGGGGUAAAACAGACGGGUUUGGCUUAGACUGUUGAUCACAUGUCAACUAUAUUUUGUUUCUAAUGUUCAUUGAAAACAAAUACAUUUCCACAAUGAGCACUUGUCUCUCAAAUACAUUGUUAUAGUUGGUUAGAUAGCUAGAGAAUAUUCGCCAUAUUAGCAUAGACAUGAGAUCAGUCAAAAUAAGACAUGGUAUCAAGAACAAGGUAAAAGCAGCUGAAACGAGCCACAUACGAUUCCCCACAUGGCAGAUUCUUGUCAUUGUUGCUAGCUAUCUGGCCAUCCAGGACCACAACAACACACGGCCUUCUGCCCCAUUCAAAUGCGUGCAUGGUUUCGUGACGUUGUCACCUAACCCGUCUAUGUUGCUUUGUUUCCUCCCACUUAAGCUACCUGUACACAUCUUAAACGUGCUGGACUAAUGGUACAACUUAAGCUGUAAUAUAUAUGACAUAGAAAUACGUUCUUGCAGAAAGAGAGAUAUUGUUAUAUUUUUUUUUACAUAUUUGGCAUCUGUUUUUGUCGCCGGUUGGUCUAAUAUGUGUUCAUAGUUGUGUUUAAAAGGUACUGAUGAACAUUGUUGCAUGGUCAAAAGCUUUAUUACUGACUUAAACAAGUAUAUUUCCCACCUGAGGUUAUCGUAUCAUAUUUAUGUGUACAUGGAGAUUAUUUUCUAUUUGUUCCUAUCCCACUUUUUUGUCAUCCCUUUGACAGCUGCUCACACAGACUAACAACCAGGUUCAAAAGAACAUUUAAUUGAAAGACUAAAAGAAAGGAAAAUCAUUCAGCUAGCUAGUCCCUAAGGCGAUUGCACUGCAGUGCAGUAGUUUCCUAUGGUGAUGGGAAACUAUCCAGUGAAGCUUUCAUUAUAUAAGGAUGUUUUUCUGGUUCUAGCCUGGCCCUGGUUCCUAUCCUCCGGGUCUGGCCUGGCCCUGUUUCCUCUCCUCCGGGUCUCGCCUGGCCCUGUUUCCUCUCCUCCGGGUCUGGCCUGGCCCUGUUUCCUCUCCUCCGGGUCUGGCCUGGCCCUGUUUCCUCUCCUCCGGGUCUGGCCUGGCCCUGUUUCCUCUCCGGGCCUGGCCUGGCCCUGUUUCCUCUCCUCCUGGCCUGGCCCUGUUUUCUCUCCUCCGGGCCUGGCCUGGCCCUGUUUCCUUUCCUCCGGGCCUUGCCUGGCCCUGUUUCCUCUCCUCCGGGCCUGGCCUGGCCCUGUUUCCUCUCCUCCGGGCCUGGCCUAGCACUGUAUCUAUCAAUGCAUUCCUCCCUCUUCACUCUUUCUCUAACCCCCUCCCUCCUUCCCUCUUAAUCAGUGUGUCACAUGUCCACAUUGUGUCUGAGCACGUGCACAUCGUUGGUUGUGUGUACAUCGUUGGUUGUGUGUACAUCGUUGGUUGUGUGUACAUCGUUGGUUGUGUGUACAGUAAGUGUCAUACGGUCCACGUGUUUUUGUAAUAGUUAUUUUGUUUCAUCUCUGUCCUGUUUGUAUGUCUGUCUUGGAAACAGAAAACUAUGAUGAAAGCAUCACUAAAUAGAAUAAUACUUUGUACUGAUCUUGAAAAAUGUAUGGUCAUAUUAAAGUAUAUAUUUCACAUG